CUCAAAAUCAGAACCCCACACUUCUCUUCGUGCACGCCCAAAAGCCUAUCCAAAAGGUCGGUACAAGAUGGCUUCCUCCCAAGGAGCUCCGCCAUCUCCUACGCAGAGUCGUAGUAAGAAGGGAUUGUUUGUCACUGAGCAACCAAAGCUAGAUCUUGAAUCAUACAUCGCCAACUACACAGGUCGAACAAGACUCGAGCGCAUGAUUCUCAUUGGAAACUGUUCAGCCGUUCUUGGUAUUGAUGCCUUCAAGCUCGCUGUCCGGGAAGCCAAGCUAGGAAAGGACAUUACGAAGUAUCUGGAAGCGCAGACCCCUCUCGAGACAAUUGCACCCAAGGAAAAGGAAGCUGCGAGGGACCUAUCAUGGAUGGAUAAGACGAAGAGUACGAAUGCAGCUGAGACGGCACGGUUGGAAUCCGAAGUGAAGGGAUACAAGAACAACCUGAUCAAGGAAAGCACGCGAAUGGGUAAUGAGGAUUUGGGAAAGCACUUUCAAGCUAUCGGUGAUCUGCCUAAGGCUUUCGAAGCAUUCAGUCGCAUGCGACAAGACGCACAAACCCCAAAGCAUAUCAUUGAUAUCAGCCGACACCUCAUCGAAGUUGCAGUCGAGCAACGCAACUGGAUUGCCGUCACAUCCAACGUACAGAAGAUUAGGGGAGUUAUGGAUAGCAAGGACUCGGACAAGGCUAUUCCACCCUUCCUCUGUGUUGCUGAAGGCCUUUCCAGUCUGGACAGCGGAGAGUACCUGGCAGCUGCUCUGAGCUUCUUGCAAACCGAUUCGGGUAUGAGUUCGAGCGCCAACUCCAUCAUCAGUCCUAAUGAUGUUGCGGUAUAUGGUGGCAUCUGUGCUUUGGCAACCAUGGAGCGCGCAGAGUUGACUAAGAAUGUCCUCGAAAACUCCAACUUUCGAACCUAUCUCGAACUCGAGCCUCACAUUCGACGAGCCAUCGGCUUCUUCGUGAACAGCAGAUACGCCCAAUGUCUGAGCAUCCUGGAGUCCUAUCGCUCUGACUACCUACUUGAUAUCCACCUUCAAAGGCACGUUGAUGACCUCUAUCAGUUGAUUCGAAGCAAGAGUAUCGUCCAAUACUUCAUCCCGUUCUCCUGUGUCACUCUCGACAGUCUCAAUGAACAAUUCGCAGCACCGGGCAAGACGAUCGAGAAGGAGCUUGUUCAGAUGAUUAUGCGCAAGGAGCUUGACGCUCGCAUUGAUACCGUCAAUAGAGUUCUCACUUCGGUUCCGUCCGCACCACGUGCUGCCCUGCAAUCCUCUGUUCUCAAGACUGCUAAAGACUAUGAGCGUGAGGCCAUGAGACGAAUUCAACACAUGAAUAUCCUUGCUGCUGAUGUGGACAUCAAGAGCAGAAACAAGCUUCCUGGUGGGGAUGAUUUCUUCGAUGGUGGUCGAGAGUUACGCUCAGGACGCAACACUGGUUAUUGAAGCAUUCGGAAGACAUUGAUGAGUUACGAGAGGAUGCAUGGCGUAUGAAUGACACGGUCUGAUGCAUAUAACGGCGUUGGCGAAAAGGGCAACGGCAUAUGGUGGCCAAUCUGGUUGCUCACGUGGCGUUUAGAACCGCGAAUGUGCAGAUGAAUGGCAAUGGACUUUGACACUCACUCAUCUGACUCAAGGCAGUCGGAUAAUCCAUCAUCUUUGUAUCUCGUGAACAAGAAUCGGCUACCUAGGAUAGACAUUUACGCCAUAUCACAG